CUCCACUUCUCUCAACCAUCCACCUGUUGUUUUCACGCUUAGGGCUCUUUCAUGCUGGGUUAGGGUUAGUCAUGCUGUUGGCUGGAAACAAGAACAACUUUGGAUUUGUUUCAGUUGUCUGUUGUUUUCAGGGUUAAUGUGUGGAAGGCCCAGACAGAGGGCCCUGUAAGAUCCUGAUGUCCCACAUUAGAGGAGUGUACUGUAGCACUGUCAUUGGCUCUGGAGGGCUGCAUUCCGUUAUCUUUUCUCUCAACUGUGAGAGUUGUCAAACUUUUCUGCUCCUCUUACUCUGGUUACGGCUCUAAACUCCGCCUAUGGUCAUGGGAGUCACCUAUGGAAAGAAGAGAGAACAUAAUCCCCAGCACGCAUCUACAGGAAGUAGGACACACGUGAAAGGACCAGUCCACUGUGGCCUGCAGAGGGAGGAGGAUGGACAACAAGGUGGAGAAGACCUGGGCCUGACUCAGGAACCGGUGGUCCUGGCAGGUGACAUGCAGACACUUCCUUCACAGCCAGAUGACCAGGAAGAGAGCAGUGAUCUCAUCAUUCCCAAAAAACUAAUCAACCCUGUCAAAGUGUCCAAGAAUCAUCAGGAGCUUCAUAAGGAAUUAAAAAUGACAUAUAAGAAAGCUGUGUGUCCAGAGGGGAAGCCAGAGCUCCAACGUGUCCUGGAGAAGAGGAACUGGGAGCAAGGGAGGAAACAGAAGAGAGAAGAGGAAGCAAAGAGAAACACGUCCCCUUUUCACCAGGAACUGCUCAAGAGGCAACAGAGGCUGGAGGAGCUGGAGAGAGAACUAGAUCUGCAGCAGAAUGGGCAAGACAGUUCACCUGAGUUCGUCAGGGUCAGAGAGAGCCUGAGAAGAACCACGAUACUGGACGUUGGAGAGAAGAAGGUCUAAAAGGAAGGAACUUACUUUUGUGCAUUCAACUGAAAUAAUAGGUCAAGCUAGUCUUUGGGACCUAUGGAUAGAGGGUGUGGCUGUAGGUGGAUGUCUGCAGUUUGGCAGGUUCACCGUGUGUGUGUGAGAGGGCGUGGUGCAGAACAGUACCUCCCUAAGAAAACACGGGAUUCAACUUCCACUCCAUAGAGACAAACCUGUACUUGUUAUUUAAACCAUGGAAGGUUGUCAAUUAUACAUGUGGUGAAUGAAUGUAAUAAAAGUGUAGAGAACUUACUGUAGGAGAGAAAGGGAUGAUAGAAGUUUCCUUCUUGUGAGUCUUUAGUCUUCUGAAUCAUCAUAUAUAUUUUUUUUCAUUUAUCAGAUAAAAGUCUCAUCUAUAUAUGUGUUUUUUUGUUUGGCAUUUUACUUAUUGAAUUCACCCUAUUUACAAGGACAUGCACCAUUCACUGCCUUUUACUUGUUCAAGACCAUUUACUCUGUUAUAUGUUUCCCUGUUCUGAAUCCCUCUGUGUAAAAUUAACUGUGCAACUUUAAUGAAUUUGGAAUUCAAAAUGACAUUUUUUAAAUGUACACAUUUAUAGUUUUCUCAAUG